UUCUCUUUUUCUCUAUAUAUAUCUCUCACAAUUUUGCUUCCAAUUCUCCACUAAACACUCCAUUCCACUUUUCAAUUCUUCUUUUCCUUACCCUUUUAAUUUCUCUCUCUCAUAUUCAGUUUAGAAAUAUGGCUCCGGGAUUGGCAGUUGAAAAUGGCAAUACCGUUAUGGCAUCAGAAGCUCAAAUAAUGUACCAAAAGGGUGUGAAACAUCUUUGUGACAAUGGCUUAAAUAAGCUCCCUUCUAAAUACAUCCUCCCCAACUCUGACCGCCCCGACACUUGUGAGUCUCCCCACCUUCAUGUCUCCGGACCCCUCCAACUUCCCGUCAUUGACUUUGCACAACUCCUUGGCCCCAACCGUCACCAUGUCAUUCAUUCCCUCACCAAAGCUUGCGAAGAAUAUGGCUUUUUUCAGGUAAUAAACCAUGGAAUUUCAAAUGAUGCGAUAACAAACAUGAGAGAAGUUUGUUCAAAAUUCUUCGAGCUUCCAUACGAGGAAAGAGCCAAAUACAUGUCAUCCGACAUGCAUGCGACAGUACGUUAUGGGACAAGCUUCAAUCAAAACAAAGACAAUGUUUAUUGUUGGAGAGACUUCUUGAAGUUAACUUGUAACCCUAAUCUUCACCAACUGCUCUCCAGCUGGCCGUCGUCUCCAUCGGGAUUCAAAGACUCGGCGUCAACGUAUGUGGAGGAAACUCGAGGACUGUUUUUGAGUUUGGUGGAAGCCAUUGUUGAAAGCUUGGGAAAAGAAAUAGAUGAGAAUGAAGAAAAAUCAUUGUUAAAGGAGUUUGAAAAAGGAAGCCAAUUAAUGGUGGUGAAUUGUUAUCCAAAAUGUCCUGAGCCAGAGCUAACCCUAGGAAUGCCACCUCAUUCUGAUUAUGGCUUUCUUACACUUCUUCUUCAAGAUCAAGUUGAAGGACUUCAAAUUCAUUACAAACAAAAAUGGGUCACUGUUCAACCUUUGCCAAAUUCAUUUGUUGUCAACAUUGGUGAUCAUCUAGAGAUAUUCAGCAAUGGAAAAUACAAGAGUGUUCUACAUAGGGUUGUGGUUAAUGCAAAGAAGACAAGAAUUUCAGUGGCAACAUUACACAGUCUUCCAUUUGAUUCAAUAAUAAAGCCAUGGCCAAAGCUUGUGAAUGAAGAAAAUCCAAGGCUUUAUAGGGACACUGAUUUUGGUACCUUCCUUGAUUACAUUUCCUCUUUUGAGCCUAAGAGGAAGAACUUCUUAGAAUCUAGGAAAAUUAUUUAUUAACGAUUACUAAAAGUAUUUUAAUUAAUUACUCAGUACAAUUUAAUGUCAGAAAAAAUAUAUAUAUAUAUAUAUAUAUAUAUAUAUAUAUAUAUAAAUAUAUUUAUAGAUAUAUAGGUCAUGUUGAUAUAAUUAACUAAGUUAAUUAUUUUGUGGGUCUCAAGGGGUAAUGUUGGAAAAAGCUAAAAAUCCAAGAAACCCUAGUUUAUAUAGAUUGUAUGUAUGGGAAAAUAAUUGUCAUUUUUGUAAUUUGGAAUGUGAAAGUGAAGAAUUUGAGAAGUAUA